GCUGGACUGAUUUUUGGCUUUGGCCCAUAGGGCAUGUAAACUGGUUAGUGUGAGUGUGUGAGCAGGGCUCAGUAGCCCCCCCUUUAGUUUGAAGCUGGAACUGCACUCACUGUGCUUCACACACACUUCUUCCAAAUAUGGUUUUUCCCGCCCACUUCCUGGUCCCCAUGAAGAAGGAUUUUAUCGACAAUGAUAUUUUGCAUGUUAGAGAUAGCAAUCAACAAGGUGGCCUAUUUAAGGGGGUUGUCAGCAAGAAGACAAGAAGAGGAGCUACCUAAACUACAAGUUCGAGAUGCUGCCCAGGGUCAGUCCACGCAAGGAUGCCCUUAACCAUGUUUGCUCGAAGACUGACAAAACCAGCAAAUUAGAGGUCAAAUACAUCAAUGCAGUGAAAGGACGUGGUGUAUUUGCCUUAGCCUCAUUCUCCAAAGGAGAUUUUGUACUAGAGUACAGAGGGGACCUGAUUGAUGGUGCAGAAACCAACAGAAGACGAAGCAUUUACCACCCAGCAUGUUUGGCAUUUAUGUUCUCUUUCAAAUGGAGAAGGAAGAAAUGGUGUAUUGAUGCCUCAAGAGAUGAUGGAUCGUUUGGACGGCUUGUCAACGAUGAGCACAGUCAUCCAAAUUGUAGGAUGAAAAAACUUAAUUUCAAUAGGAAACCCCACUUAUGUUUGUUUGCCCUUCAUGACAUACAACAAGGAGAAGAGAUAACAUAUGAUUAUGGAGGUGAUGACUGCCCAUGGAGGAUGAAGAACACCCUGCAUGGAGCUGGUGUCCGUCCUGCAGAAACCUGCUCCUCUACUUGGCCUUUAGAGACACAGUUUGAAGAGGCUCCAGGUCCACAUUACCCUGAUCCACAGACCACCCUGCAUGGAGCUGGUGUCUGUCCUGCAGAAGCCUGCUCCUCUACUUGGCCUUUAGAGACACAGUUUGAAGAGGCUCCAGGUCCACAUUACCCUGAUCCACAGACCACCCUGCAUGGAGCUGGUGUCCGUCCUGCAGAAGCCUGCUCCUCUGCUUGGCCUUUAGAGACACAGUUUGAGGAAGCUCCAGGUCCACAUUACCCUGAUCCACAGACCACCCUGCAUGGAGCUGGUGUCCGUCCUGCAGAAGCCUGCUCCUCUGCUUGGCCUUCAGAGACACAGUUUGAGGAAGCUCCAGGUCCACAUUACCCUGAUCCACAGACCACCCUGAAUGGAGCUGGUGUCCGUCCUGCAGAAGCCUGCUCCUCUGCUUGGCCUUUAGAGACACAGUUUGAGGAAGCUCCAGGUCCACAUACCCCUGAUCCACAGAACCAUCAGCAGAGAACACUCUUCCACGCACUGAGGGGAAUGCAUUACCACCAACACUUAGUGAUCCAGACCACUCUCAGAGGAAGAAGAGGUAUCUUUUGGUGUCAGUACAGUGAGACCUUCUUCUAAAAGGUAAAGCAGCACAGAAAAGAAGACCCUGGCAGCAGCACAUGAAUCGGUUCGUUUA